GAAAAGGGUUAGGUAGGGUUUCUCUUUAGCCUCCUCCUCCUCCGUAUAUACAUUCAGAGUUUUUCAGUCGUCUUCCUUGUUUCGGAGGAGGAGCUCGAUCCAAAAGCAAAAAGAAGAUGACAACUCCGCAAGUAAAGACUGGUUUGUUCGUAGGGUUGAACAAAGGACAUGUUGUCACCAGACGCGAAUUAGCUCCUCGUCCUCGUUCUCGCAAAGGACAAACGAGCAAGAGGACACUCUUUAUCAGAUCAUUGAUAAGGGAAGUAGCUGGUUUUUCUCCCUACGAGAAGAGAAUCACUGAGCUUCUUAAGGUUGGUAAAGACAAGCGUGCUCUCAAGGUCGCUAAGCGUAAGUUGGGUACCCACAAGAGAGCCAAGAGGAAGAGAGAGGAGAUGUCUAGCGUUCUCCGCAAGAUGAGGUCUGGUGGUGGUGGUGCUACUGAGAAGAAGAAGUGAGCAUCUUAUCUCUCAGAAUGACAAGUUAUUCAUAUUAUGCGUGUUUUAGUAUUUGGGAUUUGAAGAGAAUUUUGUCCAUGACUGGUGAUUAUUGGUUGAAACUUAUCAUUUUAUCUUUUA